UUACAAUGCUCUGAAGUUUCAUAAUCGACAAUAGACACAUAAACGCAUUCAUUCUAAACCUAACGUUGGUGCGUGCCGCCAGUUCUGUCUAUGGUGAACCGUUAUGCCCGCCCCCUAAGGUGGCCCAUCCCUCCGUGUCUACCCCGCACUAACCGACUCUUGCUAUAGCUCCAACGAAACCUCGGCCUAGAGCUCAGAGCCUAGAGCUCGGAACCGUGCACAAGCUCGCCGACAACCAACCCUCCGAAGCCUCGCAACGUGGUCAGACACUCCCAACACCUUGCUAUCUGCGUCUGGACAGUUUUGGAGUAUUGAGACGGCAUUUCGGGUAUCUCACGUCCUCCAAUCACUUAACAAUGGCAAUGAAAAUGAGGCUUGGGUCGCGUGCCCUCCUUGCAGGCGCGGUUCGGCCAGCUGCAGCCGCCGCAGCUCUUACCAGCCGUUCCGCCUUCUCGCUGAGAUCGUAUGCCACUGCCGAGCCCGACCUAAAGGCGACACUGAAAGAGGUGAUUCCGGCCAAGAGGGAGCUGUUUAAGAAGGUCAAGGCCCAUGGAUCCAAGGUCAUUGGCGAGGUCAAGGUCGAGAACACGAUUGGGGGCAUGCGCGGGCUCAAGGCCAUGAUCUGGGAGGGCUCCGUGCUCGAUGCCAACGAGGGCAUCCGCUUCCACGGCCGCACCAUCAAGGACUGCCAGAAGGAGCUGCCCAAGGGCAAGACGGGUACCGAGAUGCUGCCCGAGGCCAUGUUCUGGCUACUCCUGACGGGCCGCGUACCCUCGGUCAACCAGGUCCGCGACUUCUCGCGCGAGCUGGCCGAGCAGGCCCAGCUGCCCGACUUUGUCAACAAGAUGCUCGACAACUUUCCCACCGACCUGCACCCCAUGACCCAGUUCGCCAUUGCUGUCUCGGCCCUCAACUACACAUCCAAGUUCGCCAAGGCCUAUGCUGACGGCCUGAACAAGGCCGACUACUGGGAACCCACAUUUGACGACUGUAUCUCGCUGCUAGCCAAGCUCCCUACCAUCGCCGCCAAGAUCUACCAGAACUCGUACCGCGGCGGUGGUGCCCUGCCGGCAGAUGUCGACCUAGAGCAGGAUUGGUCUUACAAUUUUGCUGCCAUGCUCGGCAAGGGCGGGAAGGAGAACGAGAACUUCCAGGACCUGUUGAGGCUGUACUUGGCCCUUCACGGCGACCACGAGGGCGGUAAUGUCUCGGCCCAUGCAACCCACCUUGUCGGGAGCGCACUGAGCGACCCCUUCCUCAGCUACAGUGCCGGCCUCCAGGGCCUCGCUGGACCACUGCACGGUCUCGCGGCGCAGGAAGUGCUCCGCUGGAUCAUCCAGAUGAAGGACAACAUCCCGGCCUCGUACACGGACGCCGACGUCAAGGACUACCUGUGGACGACGCUCAAGUCGGGGCGCGUGGUGCCGGGGUACGGGCACGCGGUGCUGCGUAAGCCGGACCCGCGGUUUGAGGCGCUGAUGGACUACGCCGCGGCGCGGCCCGAGAUUGCGCGGGACCCCGUGUUCCAGCUGGUGCAGAAGAACAGCCGCAUCGCGCCCGACGUGCUCAAGGAGCACGGCAAGACCAAGAACCCGUACCCCAACGUCGACAGCAGCUCGGGCGUCCUGUUCCACCACUACGGCUUCCACGAGACGCUGUAUUACACCGCCACGUUCGGCGUCUCGCGCGGCCUCGGGCCCCUCGCCCAGCUCAUCUGGGACCGCGCCCUCGGCCUGCCCAUUGAGCGGCCCAAGAGCAUCAACCUCGAGGGCCUGCUGAAGCAGGUCGAGGCUUGAGGUGACGGCGAAAACAAAAAAGAAUCAGUUGAGAGAUAACAGAGAGAGAGAGGAAAUGUCCAUUGUUUAGAGCCGGGAAUAUUUUGUGCUUGUCGCCUGAAAAGCCUGAACGGUCAUUUGUUUAG